UAUGCAUACAUUUAUUACAUAUCUGUGAAUGUGUGUUCUGAAAAAUUAUUUUUGGUGUCUGUCUUUCAGAAUAUUAAUCAAGAAAUAUUACAUCCAUCUGAACUUCCUGCAGAAAUUAAGAACUGGGAUGAAGAACAUGUGAGAGACUGGAUUCUCAGAUUAACAGAUGUGCAUAAUAAAUAUGCUAAGAUACUGUAUGAGCAGGAAAUCAAUGGAUCAAGUCUUCUAUUACUGGAGACAUCUCAUUUGCUGGAUAUAGGCAUUAAACUGGGGCCAGCAAUGCUGAUUAUUCACCACAGAGAUGAACUGAAGGCUCACCUUUUGGACACCCCAGGAAGCCAAACUGGAAAUGCAUGCACUCCCUAUCCUUUUAAUCAAUUUCAUGCUGCCUACCGAUACAAGGAAAACAGUAUACUUGAUAUAACAGAAACAGGGGCUCUUAACUUCAUAGAACCAUGUCAUGAGUACAAAGCUUUUAUUCAUUUCCAAAACGUGACAACAGAUGAUAAGUUGAAAAAGUUCACAGAUGAAGUUAUUAUAUUUGCUGCUGCUUGCAUGAACAGCCGUACUAAUGGUACAAUUCAUUUUGGGGUUGGUGAUUUACCAGAAUUCAGUCAUGGACAAAUUCUGGGUGCUACUGUUGAAAACAAAGAAGCAUUUCUUAGGAAACUAGCAGAAGUGAUUAAGUUGCAGUUUGAACCCAAGCACACAGAUGUGGCUAAAACAUGUAUCAAACCACCAAGGUUUGUUGAGGUUUUUAAAGCAGACAUGACAUGCUCAGGAAAAUAUGUCAUAGAGGUAGAUGUCGAACCAUCCUUCUUGGUUUGUAAAAACAGGUGCUUUCACAUCUACAAUGUAGACUCAAAAAAAGCAAAAAAAUCUAAAAUCACAACUGAUAAAGAGGAUGGCGGCAAAUUCUUCUACAUUCGAGACAACAGCAGUAGCAGAAAUAUUUUUGUGCAGACUUCCUCCCCAAAGUCCUUAGAAGAGUACAACAAGUAUGUUGAUAAUAUGGCACAUUUGGUUCAGUUGAGGAAGAAAGCUGAAGAAGAGCACCUCACUGUUGUUAAAAGUAGUGUGCAGGGUUCUAAGCUCUGUGAGAUGCUAACAGGAGGCUCAGGGUCUUUGGACAAAUCUCACUUUGAGCGAUAUGUAUUAGUCAUUAACAAAUCCCAUCCAGUUCAAAAAGAGUCUCUAGCAUUUCUUCUGGACUUGAACCUAACAGCUGUUUUGGACUUUGAUCCAGAAUCUGCUGAGACUGGUUUGUAUAAGCUGUUUGAUGAGAGAAACACAAAUGUCCAUUUGCCUAUGCAAUAUAAAAUCACAGAGCCAGAUGAGGACAUUGCAAAUAAGCUGAAGCUGACCAGAGCCACAAGCUGGGUUUUCUGUAAUGGAAGAGUAAAAGAUGAACCACCCUCUGAUGUGGCUAACUGGCUAACAGAGAAAGGGUCCUCCAUUCGAGAUGUUGUGUCAUUCCUCUGUAGAAAGGAUGUGCUGCCUCAAAAAAAGUUUCUUAUCAUAUUCAUUCUACUGAGUGAUGUUACUGACAAGCAUGAUCCUUUACUUGAGACAUUCAGUAUGUUUUUGCAGGAGCUGAAAGGCACAGAGCAAAUCCUAUGCAUAUGUGAAAAUAAAAGAGCAUACACUUACUGGAAAGAUCUGAUUAAAGCACGACAUGGAAUAGUCAUAUCAAGCAGAUGCAUUUAUGAGCUCAGUUUUGCAGAGAUUAACGGUACUGUCCUCAGUCUGUGGUCAGAAAAUCGAAAAUCUAGCAGAUUUUUGCCUGGUGCUGCUGGUAAAGUUUUAUUACCAAAGAAAGUGGAAGGCAGCAUGGAUACACUGAAUGUUCUAUGUGUAAAUGAAUGUGAGGGUGGCAAUGAAGACAAACUGCAACUGGAGGAAACUUUUUACAAAGGAGGAAAGGUGUGCUGGUGGAAUUUCUAUUUUUCAGAACAGCCAGGAUCAACACCAUUUAUCAAACGAGACAAGUUUGACUACAUCAUUAAUGCUAUUAUCCCAGAUGUGUGCUCCCUCAAGCAAGCUUGUGUUUGCUUCAACAUACUCCAUAUUCCUGGUUGUGGAGGAACUACACUGGCCAUGCAUGUUUUGUGGACAUUAAAACAAAAAUUUCGCUGUGCAGUUCUGAAAAAUAAAGAUGUUGAUUAUGUAGAUGUAGCCCAACAGGUAAUUACCUUGUUGACCAUGGAGCAUCAAUCCCAGCUUCCAGUGCUGCUCCUGAUAGAUGACUUUGAUGACUUUGAUGCUGUAAAUGAUCUUCAGCAGCACAUUGCAAGGGAAUGUCAGAAGAGAAAUGUAUCUUCCAAGUCUCCUCAGGUCAUCCUUAUGAACUGCAUGAGGUCUGAAUCACAGAAGACUGAAGCAACAGAUGACACAGUUUUCAUUGGGAACAAACUGUCUGUGACAGAACAAAAAUUAUUUGAAAACAAGCUAAAAGAAAUUGAAAAGAUUUACCAAAAUGCUGAAACAUUCUAUGGUUUCAUGAUCCUGAAAAAUGCAAUGAGCAAUGAAAAAGAUGAUGAAAAUAAAACCUGA